AGUCGGGUUCAGCGCUCCGGGAGCUGUGGUCCUGCUCCGGGAGCUGUGGUCCGGCGGGGACGAGCCGCGACGGGACGGGAGCGACAGCUCCAGCCUCAGCUGUCGGCGGCGCGGCGGAACCCACAAGCCAGGCGGAACCAAUAAGACAAGUGUUGCUCCCCGGGGGCGCGCCGGAAGGGCCCGCGGCGGGCGGAAGGCGAGAGGCGGCGCGGCGGUUCUAGCAGCUUCCACGGGCGGUCGGAGCGGAGGCGGCGGUCCCGGUCCCGAUCCCGGUCCCGAUGGCCAAGUGGGGGGAGGGAGAUCCGCGCUGGAUUGUGGAGCAGCGGGCGGAUGCCACCAACGUCAACAACUGGCACUGGACAGAGCGGGAUGCUUCCAACUGGUCCACGGAGCGGCUGAAAACUCUCCUCCUGCCUGUCAGGGUGGAGGGUGAGGAAGGGGCUUGUGAGGUGACAGAAGUGAGCAAACUGGAUGGAGAGGCCUCCAUCAACAACCGAAAAGGGAAACUUAUCUUCUUCUAUGAGUGGGCUAUCAAGCUGGCCUGGACUGGCACCUCAAAGACCGGAGUGAAGUACAAAGGUUAUGUGGAGAUUCCUAAUCUCUCGGAUGAAAAUGACAUUGAUGAAGUUGAAAUCCUUGUCAGCCUUGCUAAAGAUGAGCCUGACACUAACUUGAAGACCCUGAUGAAGCAAGAGGGUGCAAAAAAAAUUAGAGAUGCAAUGAAAACUUACAUCAGCACUCUCAAAACAGAAUUCACCCAGGGCAUGAUUUUGCCCACAGUGAAUGGUGAACAUAUGGAAACAACACCUCAGGUGGCUCCUAAAGCAGAAGACCGCAAGAUGGCUGCUAAGAGCAGUACUGCAGCAUCGCAGUCCAAAUCCAUAGGAGUCAAGAUCCCUACCUGUAAGAUCAGCUUGAAGGACACCUUCUUAACAUCUCCUGAGGAACUCUACCGGGUAUUCGUUACUCAGGAGAUGGUCCAAGCUUUCAGCCACGCACAAGCCACCUUGGAGGCUGAUAAAGGAGGCAAGUUUCAGUUGCUGGAUGGCAGUGUCACAGGAGAGUUUGUUGACCUUGUUCCCGAGAAGCAACUUGUUAUGAAAUGGAGAUUUAAAUCUUGGCCAGCUGGGCACUUUGCAACCAUUACCUUAAACUUCCAUGACAAAGGUGGUGAGACAGAGGUGUGCUUGGAAGGCAAAGGCAUUCCUGCCAGUGAGGAGGAAAGAACAAAGCAAGGCUGGCAGCGCUACUACUUUGAGGGCAUAAAACAGACAUUUGGCUAUGGCGCCCGCUUGUUUUAAUACCAGUUGCUGGGAGGCUCUGCCUGAAGACUCUGCCACAUGGACUGAUAAAUUUCUCGCCUGUUCGUUUCUAAUCUUGGCUCUGCCGCUGAGUAAAGUGGGAUGACAGGUGAUGAGGAAGGCUAUUGAGCAGCACCACUUUCAGUCCCUCACUGCUUUGUGCAUGUCUUGUGCUGCAGGGGAUUCUCUUACAUGUACAUACUUCUAUUGCUAAAUAAACCUAACUUAAAAAAACACUA